GCUAGUUUUGCUGGUUGUUUUAAGGAAGCAGCUUCCAAUUUUCCACUCCGAGCCAAGACGAAGAGUCAACAUGUCAGGUGACGUUGCAGGAAGCGCGUCCACAGCCACUGACAGUGUGGCGUCUGCAGAGAGUUUAACGGAGACGGAUGGUUUCUUCAGAAGCAGCCCCGUCGUUUUGGAUCCUGCGGAGGAAUACAGGAUGACCAGAAAGCGGCGAGGCGUCGCUCUCAUCUUCAACCAGGAGCGUUUCUUCUGGCGCCUGGGCCUGAACACCAGAAACGGGACCAACGCCGACCGCCACAACUUAGAGAGGAGACUGCUGGAGCUGAACUUUGAUGUCAGGAGUUAUGACGACUACAAACUGGUGGACGUCCUGGAAAAAAUCCAUGAAGCUGCCGAAGACGAUCACUCAGACGCCGACUGCUUCCUGCUCGCCUUCCUUAGCCACGGCGAGAACGAUCACGUCUACGCAUACGACGGCAAGAUCAGCAUCCAGGACAUCACCGCCAUGUUCAAAGGAGACAAGUGCCAGAGCCUCGUCGGAAAACCCAAGAUCUUUGUUGUGCAGGCUUGCCGUGGGGAACAGCAUGACGUUCCCGUGACGCCCUGCGACGCCGUGGACAACGACGUGAAGACAAAUGAGACGGUGGUGGACGCCUGCGCCAUCCACACCCUCCCUGCCGGCGCCGAUUUCAUCAUGUGUUACUCUGUUGCUGAAGGUUACUACUCCCACAGGGAGACCAUCAACGGCUCGUGGUACAUCCAGGAUCUGUGUGAGUUACUCAAGAUGUACGGCAGCUCGCUGGAGUUCACGCAGCUGCUCACGCUGGUCAACAGAAUGGUCUCGAUGCGCCGAGUCGGGAACUGCAAUGACCGCAGCGCAAUUGGCAAAAAACAGGUACCGUGCUUCGCUUCGAUGCUCACCAAGAAGCUCUACUUCCGGCCGAAGAAGUGAUCAACGGUUCGAUUGGUUGGUUUAAAUCUCAGCUGGUACGGCUGAUCCACUCCACAAAGAUGAGAAAAAGAUCUAGUUGUUUUGUUUCUUUUUAUAUGUUGAAAACAUUCCUGGCAGAUAAUUUGCACAGAGAAGCCUUCUGCUCAUAAAUCACUGUAUCUGAUAAAGUUGAACCUAUCAGGAAGUUUUUAAUCUUAGUCUUUAAAUUUUUUUGUAAUUGAUCUUGUUUGGUGAGUAGCAGCAUAACAUUCAGAAAUGUUUCAGGGGUUUUCUAGUCUCAGGUAUUUCCUCAGAGGCACCAUUGAUCCUACUGGACCCAUCGUGCAAAAUUCACUUUUUGCACAUUUUUAUACGACCAUUUGGGUUUCUACUGCUUCUAAAAACAGCCAAAGCCUAAAAACACUCAGUCAGUUUUGGCAAUAAAUUGAUGUUUUUUGUGAAUGUGACAUCUCAAAUUAGCAGGCACUGCCCGUCACCUAGCAACCCCAGCAGAAUUCCGCCCGUUACCUAGCAACCCCAGCAGAAUUCCACCCGUCA